AUUUUGAUCAACUUACAUCUUUUUAAUAUCUUAAAUGGCAUAUCAUUUUAGCUGACAAAUAUAUAAUUUAACAAAAUGAUGAAUGUUUCAAAAUGUAAAAUUAUUAAUACUACACAUUUAUUUACACUACCUUUCAGUACGAUUUUAUUUUGAAAGAAAUUCAAUUUUAUUCAGCAAGGAAGUAUUAACUGUCAAUGAUUGAAAUUUUUAAUUCGAAUAGCCAUUCAAAUCACAUUAAAAAACAAAAACAAAAAAAACAUUCACAUAUUCUCUGUUGCAGCGAUGCAGAACCUCUUUGGCGCUUCACGAAGCGGUGAUUCGCUUCAGCAGCUCGCUUUCCAGGCCCAUGAGUCUCUAAGAGGAGCAGAUCCAAUGGACCGCUUCUGCAGCCUGUUACCAGCACUAGAGUCUCCUUCUGGAUCCAGCAGUCUCGUCAACACAGAGAAAAGUGCCAUUUCUGUAGGAUUCGACCACCUGGUCUCUCUCAGAGCUUCAACCCCGUCACCUCCGGCGCUGCCUGAACUGCAGGCGGAGGGUGUGAAACUGGACGAAGUUGCCCAUUGGAAGCAGAAUCCCCUGAGCAUCUUCACGAAUGCCCCCAGUGCUCAGGCUGAAGGACCAGUGGUUGGGUGCUGCUCCACAGGUCCCAUCUGGCCCGGCUCGGAUGCUUUUGGCUUGAAUAAACCUUCGUUCUACAUUGAGAGAGAAGCGAAACGUCAUAAACGAGCUGCAGCCAAUGAGAGUGAGCUGAAGCAGACGCACAGUGUUGCCUCUUGCACAGUGUCGUCAGGGAGACUUCUGCAGAGAACCAAGAACUCACUUAUACAUGCUGAGCGCAUGUUGGACAAUUCUGAUUGUGAGAAUUCAUUGGCUGAUAAAAGAGCACCAGGAAAAGCUGCAGAAAGACGACUUGGACCACAUAUGCAGGCUUUUGACUAUGAGAAAAAGCAGCUACUGGCCACCAUAGCCUUGCCGAAGCAGCCGGUUGUGACAGAGAUUCGGACUCCCACAAAUAGCGGACUGGGCUUCUCUAAAUCAAAGCCAGCGGACAGCAUGAAAGAGCUACGCAGAGCACACUAUGUGCCAUAUGAACCCAGCAUGAGCACAUCUUAUGAGAACACUCAUCUCUCUGUGUCACACUCUGGAAGCCAGGAAGGUUUGGUAGGUGAGCAGUAUCUCAGCAGCAGUAAUUAUAUGGACAGUAUCUCUAUGUCUGGCAGUAAUGGCUGCUCUCUCAGCUCCUCUCUCAAAAGAAAAGAUCUCCCUGAGCUUUUCAGCAAACUCGGUCUCAGCAAAUAUACAGACAUCUUCCAGCAGCAGGAGAUUGAUCUCCAAAUAUUUGUUACACUAACGGAUCCAGAUCUGAAGGAACUGGGAAUCACAGCAUUUGGUGCUCGCAGGAAAAUGUUACUGGCGAUCUCAGAGCUGAAUAAGAGCAGGAAGAAGUUUUUUGACUCGCCCAACAUUCGCUCCUCCUUCCUAGAAGGCAGGGCCAGUGGUUGUCUGUCGAGCCAAUUCCACUAAGACAUGGCGAGUGUCAGUGGUUGCUGGUGAUCUCUUAUUAUUGCUCAGACAUCUGAUAUAUUUUGCAUCUGACAAAUGUGUUCAUUCAGUUAUUUUCCACUUGUCACCUGAAAUAACUGUUCUAACAGUGUCAUUAUUUUUUUUUUUAUAUAUUAUUUCUUCUGAGGUUCUGUUUAUGUGGUUAUGCUACCUUCCUCCUGGACUGUUUUCAUUUUGUUUUAGGGUUAGGCUUAGGUUUUGUUCAUUUGCAUCAUGUUUAAGUCUUUGGCAAAAGGAACAAUGGUCAUGUCUCCUAAAAUGGACAGAAGCCAUUUGCUGUCUGUGAUUGUGAGUGUUGCCAGAGUGUUUCUCUCUGAAAGUAACAGAAAAAAAAAUGGUGAUUUAAAAACAAAAGCAAAAGCAAAAAAAAAAAAAAAUGGAAUGUUCUUUUUGGUUUUGUUCUAAAAAAUAAAAUAAAAAUGUUUGCAAGCAAAAUCAAGUUUGCUUUAUUAUUUAUUAUAAAUCUAUAGUAGUUAAAGUUCAGCUCCUCCUCCGAUAGUCCAAGAAAGUUUGGCUUAUGUUUUUUAGAGCCAGGUUCAAGGGAGGGUUCUUGGGGGAUUUUUUUCUGCAUAGUGGGCACUCUCUUGAACCCUUCACUGCCCAGUACUGAUGGAUGCAGUCUCCGCAUAGACUGUGGCCACAGCUGAGCAUCACAGGAUCUUUGAAAGAGAUGAGCGUGCAACUAGGGGGCAGAAAGCAAC